AAUUGGGUUGUGGUAGCAGGGUCAACGGACAUUGAUAUUCUUCCCUUUCCAACCUCGUCUUCGACAUCCUCAACACCGUCAAAAUGGCUCCCUACCUCGGAAACACCGGUGAGUUGGCACCGCCGGUCGUUGACGGAGAGGUCCCAGAUGUUCCAAAAGAGCAGACUAUCCCACUGCCCAAAACUGUGCCCCAGACGACCACUACAAAUGGUCAUUCGAGCAUCGAAGGCGGCGCAAAGACGUCAGCACACGACUUCUCGCACCAUGCGAUCCCCAUGAAUCCUCAGUAUGCAUAUACGCCACGAAAAAUCCGGGUUUGCACCAUUGGUGCUGGAUUCUCUGGUCUACUCAUGGCGCAUAAAUUUCAACACCGCUUUUCGGAACUUCAGGAGAUUAUCGACCAUAAAAUCUUUGAAGCCCGAGCAGAUAUUGGCGGAACUUGGUUCGUCAACACGUAUCCAGGAGUCCAAUGCGACGUACCAGCUCACAUAUACGCUUUCCCAUUUGACCCCAAUCCAGAUUGGACAAGGUUUUUCUCAAGUGGUGCUGAGAUCCAGGAUUAUAUCAAACGCACUGCGAAGAAAUGGGACCUCGAACGUGAUGUGUACCUCAACACAAGAGUCGUUGCUGCCACAUGGCAGGAGGACUCGGGUGUGUGGAAGGUCACUGUUGAGCAUGAAGGCCAACAACGAGACGAAUACUGCGAGAUCUUGAUCUCCGGUCAGGGUGUUCUGGUGAACCCAUCGUGGCCCAAGGUCCCAGGCCUUUCCAAUUUCAAAGGACAUGUCACUCACUCCGCCAACUGGGACCAUGACUACGACUAUUCAAACAAGAGGAUUGCUGUCAUUGGCAAUGGCUCAUCCGGCAUUCAAAUUGUUCCUCAAAUGGCCAAGCUACCAGGCAACACUGUGAAAAAUUUCGCCAGAGGCCCCGCCUGGGUCUACUACCGAGUUCCCCCUUCAAAGCAUUUGGGGAGAGAGGUCGACGACGUUAAUCCCACUUACUUCGAAGAGGAGAAGCAGAGAUUCCGGAACCCAGAGCAGCACAAAGAUUACCGCAAAAGCAUCAUUUCGCGAACAAACAAAGCGUUCCGUCUUUUCAUCAAAGGAGAACAAAACACCGAGGUCAUGCGGCUUGCAUCAGAGCAGAUGGCCGAGAAGCUCAAUCACGAUCCUGUCUUAUGCGAACAAUUGAUCCCCAAGUGGGAGCUAGGCUGUCGUCGCGUCACACCAGGUCCUGGAUACCUUGAAUCCUUUACGCAGCCCAAUUGCAGCCUCACGACGAGCCCUAUCACCAAGGUCACUGAGAAGGGCGUUCUCACUGCCGAUGGCCAGGAAUUUGAAUGCGAUGUCGUUAUUUGUGCAACAGGAUUUGACGUCUCCCAUCGUCCUCAAUAUCCCCUGAUCGGACUAAACGGCGCAAAUCUCAGAGAGCGGUGGGCUGACGAGCCGGAAUCGUACCUUUCGAUCGCCACCAACGACUUUCCCAACUACUUCAUGAUGAUGGGACCCAACUGCUUAGGUGGUCACGGAUCAUUGGUCGAGUCUCUCAACUGGACCGGCGACUACUUCGUCAAGAUGAUUAAGAAGAUAGCCACCGAGGACAUCAAGUAUGUCGUCCCCAAGGUCUCAGCUGUUGAUGCUUUCGUCAAGUAUGGUGAUGAGAUCCACAAGACGCUGGUCUGGACUGGUUCGUGCAGUAGCUGGUACAAACGUGGCCGGGUCAAUGGACGAGUCACUGCCUUGUUCGCUGGUGGUGCCGUUUUGUUCAACCGACUCAUCAGCGAGAUCCGUGGCGAAGAUUACGACAUUGUCUACAACAGCGGCAACCCCUUCAAAUUCAUGGGCAAUGGCUUCACUGAAUGGGAGAUGCAGGAAGGCGUCGAUCUGGCAUGGUACGUUGAGGCGGCUGAGCCGGACCCGAUUACCAAGAAAACGCGGCGCAUGAUGGAUGAUUGUGCUUUGGGUGGAUGUUAAGACAAUUUUACGGGCAGGGAGCAUUGCUUAGGUGUUAGGACUCAGCAGAGAAUCUGGUAGCCCACUGACUCGGUCAGGGGUGCUACCCAAGUUCAGUAUGGAUAUUAUGUGUACAAAGAUUUCAAGGCGGUAGUGAGCAACCUUCACACUUGC